AUGGGGAUGGCGGUAGAAGGUGGCUGGGGGGGAGACAGGGGACACGGGGGUGACGCUCGCCUCUCCUCGCAGCUGAAGUGCCAGGGAGAGCCGUUCAGCAGCGAGACCGACAAGCUCUGCAACCCCAGCGGUGUCUUCUUCCCCGCUUUCCGCGUCAACCGGACGAGCGAGAGGAAGGAGGUCAUGGUGGCCAUGUACAAGCUCUUCGCCUUCCUCAACGCCUCAUUGGGGAACAUCACACGCGACCAGGAGGAGCUCAACCCCACGGCCAAGGAGCUCCUUGACCGCCUCCACAACACCACCAAAACCACCCGGGGCCUCAUCUCCAACCUCACCUGCCUCCUCUGCAAGAACUAUAACAUCUUCCAGGUGGACGUCAGCUACGGCGAGAGCUCCAAAGGCAAAAGCGCCUUCAAGAAGAAGCAGCAGGGCUGCCAGGUGCUCAGGAAGUACGUGCAGGUCAUCGCCCAGGCGGCCCGUGUCCUUCUACCUCAUCUCGGACCCCCAUGA